AUGUGUAAGAAAAUACAUGGUAAUAAUUUUCAAAUGAAGUACAAAUUGAAGAAGGAUCGAUCACAAACAAUCUCGAUACUUGCAAGAGAUUGGAAAAGGAACAGGGGUGAAUAUGCAUUUUUGAAAACCAUUAUCACAUCAGAAAUACCACCACCAAAAAUAAAUAGCACAGUGAACAUUACCAUGGAUCGUUUGGGUCAUUUUUACCUGUGUGUUUCUGUUCCUCUAGAUAUUGUUGAUAAUCAAGAUGAUGUCUGGGGAAAGAUGAUCUCGCUCGAUCUGGGUGUUCGUACGUUCAUGACUGGUUAUGAUCCCGAGGGACGAAUCGUCAAAUGGG